AUGGCCGGGCUCGACGAGGAGGACACGCGCCGGCUGCUGGAGGAGCGCGACCUGCACCACGACAUGCUGCUGCUGCCCGACCUCGUCGACACUCCUGCCAACCUCACACUCAAGGUGCUGAAGGCGUUCGUAUGGGCAGAUAAUAAGGCUCUCGCACAAUACGUGAUGAAGUGCAACGAUGACUCGUUUGUCAGGCUGACGCAGAUAAUGAACGAGAUCAAAGAAGGAGACACAGCCCCUUCUGCGGCUUCCAUAUACUGGGGUUUCUUCGACGGGCAUUCCCCCGUAGAGGCUGUGAGCAAGUGGUGGGACACCGACUGGGUACUGUGUGACUACUACCUGCCGUAUGCCCACGGAGGAGGCUUCGUACUGGGCUCCCGGCUGCUGCGUUACAUCACUCGCAACCAGGACGAUCUGCUGCUGUACUACAAAGACGACGUGGCUGUGGGUACGUGGCUGGCCCCCCUGAAGAACGUGCGGCGCGUGCACGACCCGCGGUUCGACACGGAAUCGGUGUCGCGCGGCUGCCACAACAGUUACCUUGUGACACACCAGAAGAGCGCCGACGAAAUGGUGGCCAUGUGGCAGCGGCUGCGCUGGGGUUCCAACCAGCCGUGCCCGGAGGGACAGGAGACGCGCCACCGCCUCUCCUACAACUACGACUGGACCUCGCCGCCCUCCCGCUGCUGCCGCCGCCGUGACCCCUCCGUCCCGUGA